AUGGCCAAUCGAGGUUACCUCAGCGGACCUCAUCGACUGCUUCCGAGCUACACUUCCAUUGCUGGCCCCAGAACGGGCGUUGGAGCAGUUUCGAACUCCCGAUCUAGCCCGCCAGACUUCACCUAUGACGCCUUCCCGAGAUCGACUUCGGGAGGGGGUGGUGCCAGAGAAAGCACAAAUUACACUCGCGGGCCACCCUCGCCCGCUAGCUCGGCUCUGAACAUAAGCUACCCAAACGUCAACAAGUUCCCAUAUGGUCUCUCCGGUGUGCAGAUGCCGACCUACAACUUCGGAUCUGAGUUGUACAAUUACGUCAGCAAUGGCUUCCCAAGAAAGUCCCGCAUGUGCACAUUUUGUAACAAAGUGUUCACUCGAUCCACAACUAGGCGCUAUCAUGAGCGCCGUUGUCCCCUUCUGAGAGCGUCUAACAGUCUGGCCAAAAGUGAGGAAAAUUCCGCAGCAGCGGCGGCAGCAGCAGCAGCAUUGAAAGAACAGCAGCAGCGCUACAAAGAAACGGCCAGCGCCAUUUCUAGCCAGUCACAAUCAUCUAUGGUUCAUAGUACAAGUACUUCCAACACUUCGUCGUCAUCUCAGGCGGCAGCAAAUUUGUCAUCGGCCCUGCCCUCAAUAUCCUCCCCGCCCCACAGCUUACACCCUGCCUAUCCUUCCCAUUAUUCUCCAGCCUCUGCGUUAGGUUCGAGUCCUUCUAGAAGCGCUGCCGCAGCGUAUAGCUACGCACAUACAUACGGGUCGCAUUUCUACAACACAUUGUCUGCUGCGGCCCUGUCAUCACUUGACCAGAACAGCAAUUCUUUGCAGGUGAAAAAAGAAUCUGAUAGCACUUCUUGGCUAUCGUCAGCAUCAUCGCCCAAUUCGAAACCUCGGGAGCACAAUGGCACUCAUAGCUCACUCUUGGGAACCGUCUCGUUGGCCAGCAAAUCAUUCCUUGCUAACUCAGGGGUGGACCUUUCUCCCAGGCAAAGCGCAGACUUUCACAUCAGGUCACAGAUCCCUGUAUUCCCAGCAUCAAGUCUUCGUGAUAUGACUAGGUCGCCGUCGCCGGAGCCUGGUGAAACGAGAUCGUCGUCACCGUCCGUGGUUAACAGAAGAGAUUCUGCCAGUCCACAUGUUCUGUCUGCCAAGGAUGAAGAGUGGAAACAAGCUAGUCAUGAGAAAGCCGACUACAGGAACAAAAUAGCAGUUGCUAACAUCUCCGGAGCUCGCUUGAAGACCACGUCCCCGCCACCCAUUGUGUGGAAUAAGAAAGCCAGAUUAGAGCGGGCUCAGGAGCAGUAUAUGAAAAUCCAGUCUAUGGACGAGGAGGAAGAUGAAGAGGAAGAGGAUGAAGAAGACGAGGAUGAAGUUGAAGAGGAUGAGGAGCAGUUUAACGAAAAUGGUAGUAGUUACAUAGAAGGCAAUGACGGACAGAAGAAAUCAGAAGAAAACAUCUCAGGUUCAAUAAGUGAGAAUUCCUCUUAUGACCAUCUCACAUGCCAGUUUUGUAAAAAGUCAUUUUCAGACAUCAUAACACGACAGGCCCAUGAAGCUCUGCAUAAUCAGACCAAAUCAUUUGGAUGCUGUCUGUGUUCUCAUGCGUUCCAUUGCGCCUACAGCCUGCGCAUCCACCUGAUCCGUCACCACAAUGAGGGACCAUACACAUGUAAACAAUGUUCUAACACAUUCGAAGAAAUCACUGAUCUAAAAUCACAUCUUCUGGCAGAUCACACCAUCACUAAACAAGAAGCUUGCUCUCUGAAAUAUUUCGUUCUACUGGAUAACUCAGAACGCAACAUAGCGCAGUCAGGAGCGGUUUCUGACAGCGAACAAGACACGAAAGAUAAAAGUACAUUGUCACAGAGAAGAAGCGCAGACAGCCUGCCCAGUGAACUCAAAGAAGCAGAGCCAGAAUCGAAAAGUCACGAAAAUAACGACUUAGUAGAACCAUUUAUCAACGGAGCAGGUCUCAGCAAUGAAGAAACGGAAGUUUGUAAAAUUUGCAACAAGGCAUUUGCCAAAUCCUUUAUUCGUUUUCACGAACGAGCACAUGCAGAUCAAAAGCCAUACGAAUGUCCAAUCUGUAACAAAAGAUUUGGCUACAAGAAUAACAUGAAGUCCCACAUGAAGCUUCACCAAGGACUCAAACCCUACCAAUGCCAGAUUUGCGGAGCCAGGUUCACAAGAGGGUCCACCCUGAGACGCCAUGGCCGACGCCAUAAGGUGUCCAGAAACAACAUGCUGGACUACGCCUUGUUCGAUCAGAAUACCACCCCGAUGAGAAGUUCAGGUAAUGGCAUGAACAUAACCUCCACAUCUGCUUCUAUCCCCACUGCUUCUCAUACCACACACGUAACAGCAGCUCUCACAAACACCACAGAGGGUCAGGCCGGUUCCAGAUAUCACAAAACUGCUACCGCAGACCAUCAGCUUAACAAAUCAUUCGGUUACACAUCUCAUGCUCGGUCGUCCAUACAACCCACCAUGUCCAGCGUAGACAUCGAUAGAUACAAUUCAGUUGGAAGAGUCACGUCUCCAAGAACCUCUCCAGUGAGUGCUAGCUCUCCCAGAGUCUCUUCAAGUUUUCUUCCAUCGCAGACCAUGACGUCUCCUCUGGUGGGUGGACUUGCAGCUGUAGCAGCGGCCAAUAUUUUUGCUUAUCCGGGUGCCGCCACGCCCCAUUUGUACCAGUUUUACGCAUCCUCCAAUCAUCUGAUGCCAUACUCUGCCUAUUCUUCCAACCAUGGAGUCCCACACGCGGUACAGUCAGACGCCCUGAAUUUAAGUCUUGGAAAACGUAAAUCAGUACUUGAAGAGGACGAACGAGUCCAAAAAAUCAGAGCUCAAAGAAAAGAUUCGGAUAGUUACAGUAGAAAUAGCCCACCAGUUGACAAUAUCCAGAAAAAUGGAGGUAGCGUAAAAGUAGAAGCUGAAGAACCAGGUGAAAUGAUUAAAGAGUGCAAUCCGUUUGCUCAGAAUUUCCUAUCGAAAACUGAAAAGUACCAGGGUAUAAACAAAUUACAAGACAAAACCGAGGUGAAAUAUGAGUCCAAAGAAGCUCUGAAAAUUUCUACAGAAGAUUUUGCUGCUCAGGUAAACAUGUGCUGCCCAAGUCCACUGGUUCAAUCAUCCACGUCCUCGCUUCAUCACCAGUCUUCUGCGGGAAGUCCUGUAGGUUCGUCGUCCUGUACCGACUCCAACAUCCAAGCUCAUGCUAGUCCGUCGGGGAUCAGCCAUCACAGCAGUCCAGCCAACUCGGCGCCGAGUCCGACGAACAUCAGCGAAAACCACCUACAAGAGCUGCUGCUGUCACUGCUAGCUUCUGGGAAGAUGUUCCGGUGUUCUUUCUGUGAGAUUUACUUCACGGAAUAUGCCAUGUUUCGGCUCCACCAGAAGUACCACCAGUCUGAUGUCUCCCGACCCUUCUUGUGCUCUGUUUGCGGAGAAGACUGCAAGGAUAAGACUUACUUUACAGUUCACCUGUCAGAGCAUCUAGGCCUGAGCACCAAGUCUGGUCUUGCUUGA